GAACGUGCUUCUUGUUCGGCUCCGUUCUCCUUACGAUUUAGUACGAAAUGCCCUACCUUGAUGAGCAAACCUUCAAUUUGUACGCUAGAGACGUCGGCACACAACUCACUCCGAAUGCUACUCAGAAGACGACUUUAAUCGUUGCUGGCUGCUAUGUUAUAGUUAUUGCUAUUCUCUGGCAUGUCCCAGUGUUGAGUUGGAUUAUAUACCCUUUCAAAUUGCUUACUGUGGGCUUCCAUGAGAUGAGCCAUGCAAUUGCUGGUAUCUUGACUUGUGCUACUAUCCAUUCCGUCGAGCUCGAUCCUGACGAAGGCGGCGAGACCCGCAUGUCGGGCGGUAUACCAUGGAUCACCCUUCCUGCCGGAUACCUUGGGUCCUCGUUCAUUGGCGCUGCUCUUAUUGCUUGUGGAUUUGAUACCAAUGCGAGCAAAAUAGCUUGUAUUGUUCUUGGUGUAUUUUUCAUCUUCACAUUAUGGUGGGCGCGCAAGAAUUGGCUGACAUGGAUACUCAUUCUUGGAAUGUCUGGCUUGAUCGUGUUAUUCUGGCUAGUGGCAGACAGCGUUGCGUUGCGCUACUUUAUCUUGUUUGUUGGCGUGAUGUCGGAUUUGUAUGUGCUGUGGGACGUGAUAGAUGAUACCAUCGCGCGGAAAGUCAACAGCUCCGAUGCAUCCGCGUUCGCUCGGGUUUGUGGCUGUUUCCCAUCUCAAGUGUGGGGCGUCAUUUGGCUUAUCGUAGCCUUCGUGUAUUUUGCCGCUGGCAUCAUAGUGGGGCUAGUUGCGUUCAAGGUUCUUAUCUCCUCUUCCCUCGGUAGUAUAGUGCUGACAGACGAGAUAUUUCAGGAGUCUACAUCGGAACAGGAAUCGGCUGCCGCACACUUCCUUCCUGCUCCAGGAUCGAGCGGGGCCAUGACAUCUGUACCAUUACCGGGUGUCCUCUUAAUGAUUGUUACGACCCUCUCGUGGAAGCUGUUAUUGUGACUCUGAAAAUCAGAACCACUUAUCGAUACCGGAUAUGACACUCUUGUAGCUUUUACUGUUGAUUCUAGACGCAGAAUGAUGCUUUGUAUACUUGGCUUGUUGAUACUGUUUUGAUCCGACCUUUUUUGAUCCCAGCACUAUUUUGAUAACACCUGUUUUCCUGCACUGCGUGCAUAGUGUGCCACACCAGCUGUUACAGCCCUCGCUGACACGAUGCAGAUUGACAUUCACGUCGCCGAACGAACGUUUGACAAAUUGCACUUCGAAACACGGGCUACAGGCUACUGCUUGAUCACCCGGUGAACCCUAUAUAUUUACAGUAGCCUUCACAAGAAUACAACUCCUAGUGCCGAGAUCCUAGCGGUAUCCAAUAGCGUCCAAUGUCCAAUGUCAA